AGUUACCACCAACUCUCUCACAUUUUAUUAUUUUAUUUUAUUUCUGAUGGGUAUGGGAAAGGUGAGAGUGAGUGAAUAAUUUUUUGGAACUUUUUGCCUACGUCUUUGGCUUUUAAGUGACACCUCUCCUCCAUACAACCGAAUAUUUCCCCCACUUCCCCUUUCUCUCCUCUCUCACCCACUCUCCACCUCCACCACUGCUUCCUCCUCCUCCUCCUCCGCCGCGACGCCAUCGCCGCCGCCGCCGACGUCUCGCAUUCCUCCGUCCCCAACUCUCCCACCUUCCCCUCCCAGCUCAAAUCAAUCCCCAGCCCCCCAAUUUCAGAUCUCCAUUUAAGACCAACUAACUAGAACUAGGACACCAAACUAACUACCUAACCAAUAAGCUCAAAACUGAAAACCCAGAAAUUUUGAUUUCAUCCAACGUAAACCCUGCUGCCAGACGGUUCAGCCUGAUUUCCCCCCUCGUCCGUCAACCUACAUUUUGCUCCGAACUUUGAUUGGUAGAGAUGGAUCGCCGGAGUUGGCCAUGGAAGAAGAAGUCCUCAUCUGAGAAGGCCUCUAAAGCCGCGGCAGCAGCAGCCGAGUCUCUGGAUGCUGCUUUGGCUUCUGCUGAACCACUGGCGCAGACAGAGAAGGAUAACUACAAGAAACCGAGUUAUGUCCAAAUCUCAGUUGAAUCGUACACCCAUUUGAAUGGUUUGGAGGAGCAGGUGAAAGGAUAUGAAGAACAAGUUCAAUCACUAGACGACGAGAUCAAAGACUUGAAUGAACAGCUCUCUGCAGCUCAAUCAGAAAUGACCACAAAGGAGAACUUGGUCAAACAGCAUGCCAAGGUUGCUGAAGAAGCUGUCUGUGGAUGGGAGAAGGCUGAAGCAGAGGCAUUGGCGUUGAAGAACAGUUUAGAAGCAAUGACGCUGUCCAAGCUGACGGUUGAAGAUCGAGCAGCUCAUCUGGACGGUGCUCUCAAAGAAUGCAUGAGGCAAAUACGAAACCUGAAGGAAGACCAUGAGCAGAAAUUGCAAGAACUUGUUCUCACCAAGAACAAGCAAUGUGAAAAGAUUAGACUUGAUCUCGAAUCAAAGAUUGCUAAUUUGGAUCAGGAGCUGCUAAGGUCAGCGGCUGAUAAUGCAGCAUUAUCUAGGUCUUUGCAGGAGCGUGGCAACAUGUUGGUGAAGAUGAGCGAGGAAAAAUCUCGUGCGGAGGCUGAGAUCGAGGUUCUCAAGGGGAAUAUAGAGUCUUGUGAGAGGGAGAUAAACUCGAUGAAGUAUGAAGUACAUGUGGUGUCAAAGGAGCUUGAGAUAAGGAAUGAAGAGAAGAACAUGAGCAUGAGGUCUGCUGAUGUUGCGAACAAGCAGCACAUGGAAGGUGUGAAGAAGAUAGCCAAGCUUGAGGCCGAAUGCCAGAGACUACGUCAGCUCGUGAGGAAGAAACUCCCAGGUCCUGCUGCUCUGGCGCAGAUGAAGCAUGAGGUUGAGAGCUUGGGCCGAGAUUAUGGGGAUUCGAGGUCGAAGAGGUCACCUGUCAAGCCUUCUAGCCCGCACAUGUCGCCUAUAACAGAAUUCUCUCUUGGAAAAGAGACGGAGUUCUUGACAGAACGGUUGUUUGGCAUGGAAGAAGAGACCAAGAUGCUCAAAGAAGCUUUGGCUAAGCGUAAUAGUGAGCUUCAGGCUUCGAGGAAUCUAUGUGCCAAAACAUCGAGCAGGCUUCAGAGCUUAGAAGCUCAGCUUCAUAUGACCAACCAGCAGAAAUCGGUGCCUAGCUUCACAUCCAUGUCAGAGGAUGGAAAUGAUGACGAUCGAAGCUGUGCUGAAUCUUGGACCGCAUCCAUGAUGUCUGAAAAGAACGGAGACAGAUCAUCAAUCAAGGUAGAGAAUGCUAAGAACCUUGAGCUCAUGGAUGACUUCCUUGAGAUGGAGAAGCUGGCUUGUUUGGAUAACCCUGGCAACAAGACUCCUGAGGUCUCUAAUGGCACUUCUGAUAUGCCUAGUGGAGAAGCUCGACCAGAAGAAGUCAACUCGGGCAGAGAUGAGGACAUGCAAUCAAAGAUAUUGGAGGAUGUUAAAACUGUAGAGACCGAAAUGAGCCAAGACUUGGCCUCUGCAGUCUCUCAGAUACAUGAUUUCGUACUAUUGCUUCGGAAAGAAGCAAUGACUAUUGACGGUGAUGAUGGGGAAGGACUAACUAAGAAGAUUCAAGACCUGUCGUUGACCAUCAACAAAGUUCUGAACCAAGGUUCAAGCUUAGACACCUUCAUUUUCGACCUGUCCCAAGUGCUGGACAAGGUGAGUGAGCUUCGGUUUAGUGUGAUGGGGUACAAAGGAAAUCAAGCUGAGAUCAACAGCCCGGAUUGUAUCGACAAAGUUGCUCUGCCAGAGAACAAGAUUGUAAUGGAUGAUGAACCAUACUCGUCAAUGAAUGGCCAUGUAUCAAGUGGCAGUCCAAAGGCAAAUCCUGAGGUUCCAGAUGAUGGGAACUUGAUCCGGUGCAAAGUGUCAUUAGAGGAGUUUGAAGAACUGAAGAUGGAGAAGGACAACAUGGCUCUUGAUCUUGCUAGAUGUGGUGAAGAACUCGAAACCACUAAGCUGCGGUUGCAAGAAACAGAGCAACUGCUUGAUGAAGUCAAAUCACAGCUGACAAAUGCACAAAAGUCAAACUCUUUGGGUGAGACUCAGUUGAAGUGCAUGGCAGAAUCCUAUAGAUCACUUGAACUACGUGCUGAAGAGCUGGAAACUGAGCUAACCUCUCUUAGAGUCAAGACGGAAGGGUUAGAGAGUGAGCUUGAGAAUGAGAAGAGGGCUCACGAAGAGGCUUUGAGCAGAUGCAAGGAUCUUCAAGAGCAACUCGAAAGGAGUGAGAAUUGCCCAGUUUGUGCAGCAGCAGCAGCCGAGACUGAAGACAAGCAAAAACAGGAGAAAGACCUGUUAGCUGCAGCAGAGAAGCUAGCGGAAUGCCAAGAGACGAUAUUCUUGUUAGGCAAGCAACUAAAUUCUCUACGCCCUCAGUCGACAGAGAACUCUGGGGAAAGGAGUCCGAGAGGAGGCGAUGGUUCUGCCGAUGAAGAACCACCAACAACAAGUGGCACAAACUUGCAAGGAGGAGAAGAAAUGCUGGACACUGCAACUUCUCCUGCUCCUCAGUCUCCAGUGCAUUCGUACAACAACCCGGGAAGGGAAAGCCCUGAUCUGGAAGCUGCCAAUUUGUUGAGAUCACCAGUUAGCUCAAAACAUCCUAAACACCGGCCAACCAAGUCAACCUCGUCGUCUACUUCAUCCACUCCAACUCCCGAGAAGCCUGGGAGAGGGUUCAGCAGGUUCUUUUCGUCCAAAGGGAAUAAGAAUGUGAAUUAGUAAGUAAAUCCACACUGCAAUAGGUUGCAGCUCGCAAUCUACUGCAUGAACAUGAUGUGAUGAUGAUGAUGCUGUCUCUGCUUGUUUGCUGAGUUUGGUUUAGGUUUUUCUGUGUUGUUGUGAAGAAUGUGAUGAUGGGUGAUUAUAGAAUGGCGGGGUUUGGAGAAGGGGAGGGAAAUGGUAAUUUUGUAACUAAUGACUGUCUGUCUGUGUCUACUAUGUGUAUGUAUAUCGUAUCCAUAUAUGUGACUUCCUUUGCUGUUCUUUUUUUGGUGUUUACGUUUGUAUUUAAACGUUGGUGAAUGAUGGAACACAACACCAUUUUGGACAGUUAUAUAUAUAUAUUAUUGCGAAAGGUUGAUACUUU